AUAUUUUUUCUGAUCCAUAUUACGUUCUUGGUCCGCCAUCUGAUCGGGUUAAUCCCAUCAUUGGUGCUAUCAUUGAGAGAUAAUUGUGAGAUAAGGCUGUGAGAUUAUGGCCGGAUGAAGGACGAGACGUAAUACCUCUGCUUCCGCCUAGUCGACGGUGAGGAGUGACUAACCUGAGCAAGGUAUGAUUGUUCCAGUCAAUGGGUUGGAAACGGGGUUGAAUAAUGUGUCUAACAUGAUGGCCAACAUUAUGGAGCAGUUAGACAAGGCUCUCCCUGGUCUAUCUGGUACCCGGGAUGUCCCUGCCGGGCAACCCCACCAGGUCCUGCAUACUGCGAGUUCCCCCAUCCUCCAGGAGCUUCAUGAUCCAGAGGAGGUUGAGAGGGAGAAGCAGGACAUCGCUAGGCACCGGGCGGAGGAGUUGGCCCGGAAUAGUAAGGUGAAUGGGGAGUGGGCCAGGACGGCGAGCCAAGUCGUCGGUAAUAGAAACGAAAACCCAUGGGGGACUGUCUUGAAAGGAUAUCUCACCAGAAAGCUCACGUUAGUGAAAGGCUGGGGAAGAAUCCGGACAAAGCACCCCAGGGUUGGGUACAACCCCAGGCCAGCCAAGUGGCAUCUUCUAACUGCGAACCCCGACAGUGAAUCGGCAGCGGGAUUUAAGAUGCCUUUUGUUAAGCGUUACGAUAGGGAAUCCGAUCCCCAAGAACACAUAAAUAGCUAUGUCCAGGUGAUGAUCGACGUCGAUGCCAGCAAUGCACUGAUGUGCCGUUGCUUCCUGCAGACAGUUGAUAGCAAGGUUGCGGAUUGGGUGAACCACAUUCCUCCCAGAUCGAUCCUGACAUGGGAUGAAUUGGGAUUGCGGUUCUUAGAGCAUUUUGCAGGGAACUGCCGUCCCAAGAAGCAUUUCACUCACCUGGCUUCAGAUGGUCUCCUUCAUACUGAUCUCACAACUCAUCCCCCGGAUACCUUCAAAGAAGCAAUGGUCCGGGCCGGAAGGUAUGUGACCCUGGAGGAGGGGAAGGAGGAGAAGAAAGAGAAGACUCAUAAAGAAGAAGAAAAGGCAGGAAAUAAGAAGCCUUUUAAGAACAAGAAGCAGGGCUUCCCGGAUGGCCCAAAGGGCACGGGCCCUAGGACCUCGGAGAAGCACAAAUCUGCCAAUCCAGUCUUCACGUUGGCGAUGGCUGAGGUCAUGGCCCACGCUGCACAGCAGGGACUCAUGACUUAUCCAACAUAUUCUCAAAAGGUCUGCAAUGUGGAGGACACUGGAAAAUGGUGUGCCUACCAUCGCAAGAAUGAUCACAACACAGAGGAUUGCUAUACCCUGAAGAAUGAGAUGGCCAGGCUAAUCUGCCGGGGUGCAUUACUACCCAAGGGCCAUGGCCGACGAUCAUCACAGCUCGUUGCCGCAUCAAAUGGGAAGUGUAGAGAUAAGGAGGUGGCCCAGGCUGAGGCCCAGGAAAAACGCCACAUCAGGCUUGAAGAUGAAGAGGAGGAUUCGGAGCCCGCACCGCACCGCCAGAAGAGACAGCACAGGUGUAACUUCAUCAUCGGAGGGAAUACUGGCGGAGACUCGGCCACGAGCCAGAAGAAGUGGGCCAACGCGGCGAUGGUCAAUAAGGUGCUGGUCCCGGAAGGUAAGAAGCUAAAAACUGAGCCAAUUGUAUUUUCCAAUGCUGAUUUGCCAAAAACAGGGGUCCCCCAUAGGGACGCCUUGGUGAUUACGAUUGAUAUAAUGGACUUGUUCAUCCACAAGACUUUGGUGGAUACGGGAAGUUCCGUUAAUAUCAUGUAUAUGGAUACUUACAAGGCUCUUGUACUAACUAGAGAUGAGUUAUCACCCAUUAAGACUCUGCUGACCGGGUUCACUAAUGACUCUAUUGAACCAGAGGGGGCAACCAAACAGCCUAUCAAGUACGACACCCAAGUGGGGGAGGUGACUGCACAGCUCUUAAGGGCCGAGGAGAGACGUCCUAGAAUAGAAGUUGUUGGCAACGUUGAGGAGGUGGAAUUGGAGCCGGGCACGCCGGGGAGGUUGGUCAGAAUUGGAAAGGGCUUGGGGGCUAAACUCAGGUCACGAGUAAUCUCAGUCCUUAGAAGAUUCAGGAAGGUUUUUGCAUGGAGUCGAGCUGAUAUGCCAGGGCUGGAUCACAAGCUUGCAGUCCAUCGCCUUAAUGUCUUGCGAGAUCCUAAACCGGUGAAGCAGAAGCGAAAGCAUUUGUCACAAGAAAGGAGAGAAUUCGUGAAGAAGGAGGUAGCAACCUUGCAGAGCAUUGGACAUAUCCGGGAGGUUCACUACCCGGAUUGGUUGACGAAUGUAGUUCUGGCGCCUAAGCCUCCUUCAUGGAGAAUGUGCAUCGACUACACGGAUUUGAACAAGGCAUGCCCAAUGGAUCCGUUCCCACUCCCCAACAUUGACUAGCACUACGCCAAAAACAUCAUCAGACCACUGUUGAUUAAUUACUGUUUAUGCAAACACAGUAGUUGAAAAAAAACAGACUAUUGUAAGUUUUUCUUGGGAACAGAACCGUAGUCUAGCUGCUAUGCUUUAAAACUAUUUUUCAAGUUUCGAGAAAUGGUAAUGUAUCACUAGUUGUCUGUCUCAGUUCAAAAUACAGUUUUUCUUACAACAGUUGUCAAUAACAAGUUAAGAAUACU